GAUUAGCAUUAUGACAAGCCAAGCAGUCUACAAACCUUGUCAUUGCCAAAACAAGAGCUAGUAAGUUAUGGCUCUCCACACCACCUUUUCAUUCUCACCUGCUCUUCUCACAUCAACUCGUCUUCCUGCUUUCCAUCUGCCAAAAAAUGUACCUCAGCCCACCACAAAACUCCACAAGUCUGUGUCUAUCCGGUGCCUUUCCAGUGAUGUUAUUACCAUUGAAGAUCCUCUGACGACAAGACGUUCGGCAAACUACCCCUCAAGUGCCUGGGAUUAUGAUCAUCUCUUGCAGUCACUUGCUGCCAAUGACUCUGAGGAUAAAUAUAGGAGACAGGUUGAGGGGCUGAAGGAGGAAGUGAGGGAGAGUCUUAUGAAUGGAGAGAUGAAGCCCUUGGCUAAGCUUGAGCUUGUUGAUGCAGUUCAAAGGCUAGGUUUGAAGUACCAUUUUGAGAUGGAAAUAAAAAAUGCUUUACACAGUUUGCAUUCAAAUGCGAGUAGUGAUGGUAAUGACGAACUUUAUUCUGUUGCCCUCCGGUAUAGGUUGUUCAGACAACAUGGAUAUGAUGUUUCCAAAGAUGUGUUUGAGAGGUUCAAAGAUGAGACUGGCAAGUUCAAGGCAUCACUAUGCAAGGAUGUGAAAGGGCUGUUGAGUAUGUAUGAGGCUUCCUUCUUUGGGUUAGAAGGUGAAGAUAUUAUAGAUGAAGCCAAGGCCUUCAGCACUGGACAUUUGAAGGACCUGAAGGGAACCUUGUGUGGAAGCUUGGCCAGGAAAGUAGAGCAUGCUUUGGAUAUGCCUGUCCAUUGGAGGCUGACAAGGAUGGAAGCCAGAUGGUUCAUUGAUACUUAUGAGCAAGAGCAACACCUCAACCCUACUUUACUUCGACUUGCCAAGUUGGAAUUCAACAUGGUACAAGCUAUUCAUCAAAAGGAGGUUAGCAAAUUGGCAAGGUGGUGGAUGGAUCUGGGAUUAAACAAGAUGGCUUUUGCCCGAGACAGGCUAGUGGAGCAUUACUAUUGGUGCUGUGGGAUGGCUUUUGAGCCACAAUUUGGUUUAUUCAGAGAAAUGGGUACAAAAAUUAUAUGUUUAAUAACAACAAUAGAUGAUGUUUACGACGUCUACGGUUCUCUGGAAGAAUUGGAGCUCUUCACAGAUUUUGUUGACAGGUGGGAUGUCAAUGGAAUUGACAAGCUUCCUGAUCCGAUCAGAACAAUCUUCCUGGCUAUGUACAAUACAGGCAACGAAAUUGGCUACACAAUCAUAAGGGAGAAAGGCUUCAAUAUUAUACCAUAUCUAAGCAAAACGUGGGCGAACCUCUGCAAGGCAUACCUUGUAGAGGCGAAGUGGUACCAUAAGGGAUACAAACCAACACUAGAGAAGUAUCUUGACAAUGCAGUUGUUUCAAUAGCAGCACCCCUUAUGUUAUUUUCUUCCUACUUCCUCACGGCAGAUAAAAUAACUGUGGAGGCAUUGGACUACAUAAACAAACUUCCAAGCCUUAUGCGCUGCUCCUCCCUGGUUCUCCGUCUCACUAACGAUUUGGGAACUUCAUCGGAUGAAUUGGCAAGAGGGGACAAUCUAAAAUCAAUCCAGUGCUACAUGAAUGAAACUGGAGUUUCAGAUAAUGUUGCUCGCGACCACAUUAAUGAUUUAGUGCAUGAGGCAUGGAAAGUGAUGAAUAAGGAAAUGCUUGGUAAUUAUCCUUUCCAGGAUACUUUUAUACAUGCCAAUCCAAAUCUUGCUCGAGCAGCUCAGUUCUUUUACCAUUAUGGAGAUGGACAUGGCGUCCCAGGCAAUGAAACAAAGGGACGUCUUUUCCCCUUACUGCUGGAGCCUGUUCCAGUAAACCAGAAAGACUAAUUAAUCUUUUUUUUUUUUUUCUUUUUGGAAAUUAUUGGUCUGCUCUUCUUGGUUUAUCAUCAUAUGAACUUGAAUAUUUGCACUGCCAACUAGUGGUUUUUGUACCGGUCUUUAAUUUGUUUGCUAUUUCUAUCCCGAGAAUCUGUAUUUAUGUCUAUAAAAGUGGUGUGAAAAAGAAAUUUGGAGAAAUGUGCUUGGUUCUAUCUUCUUCAAUAUAUCAUCCUUUAUUGCCUUUAAGUUAUGCAAUACAAGCAA